AUGUCGUUCCCUCAAGUGAAGGGCGUUACUUACCAUGGUCCAAAACUUACACCUGCUCAGGCGGUGAUCCUCACUGAACCCGCGAUCAAGUUCGUGGCUGCCCUUCAUAGGACAUUCAAUCCUACUCGAUUGGCGCUCCUGCACGCCCGUCAAGCCUUCCAAAAGCGUCUUGACACACUCUCAUCUCCAUCCCCUUUGACUUUCACCUUCCCGCCCGAAACUGCGCACAUUCGAAAUGACCCUACGUGGAUCUGUGCGCCCCCUGCCAAGGGGUUGGAAGAUAGAAGGGUUGAGAUUACUGGGGGUGUCGGAGAGAGGAAAAUGGUUGUUAAUGCGUUGAAUUGCGGAGCGAAGACGUUCAUGGCUGAUUUUGAGGAUGCCAACUCUCCGACCUUUGCGAAUUUGGUCAAUGGACAGGUGAACCUACGAGAUGCUGUUCGUCGUCAGAUCGAUUUCGAGUCGGGUGGGAAGAAAUACAAGCUUGUUGAGAAUCCGGCCGUUUUGAUUGUCAGGCCUCGCGGAUGGCAUCUGGAGGAAACUCGGAUCCGAAUCGAUAACAAACUCCUCUCCGGAUCCAUAUUCGAUUUUGCACUUUAUUUCUAUCAUAAUGCCAAAUAUCUCCUCGCUCACGAAUCCGGACCCUACUUCUACCUCCCAAAAAUGGAGCACUACCUCGAAGCGCGCCUGUGGUCCGACAUAUUCUACUUUUCUCAAUCAUACAUUGGUAUACCUGUUGGGAGCAUUCGAGCAACGGUAUUGAUCGAGACGUUGCCGGCGGCGUUCAUGAUGGAGGAGAUCUUGUGGGAAUUGAGGGUUCAUUCGAGUGGGUUGAAUUGUGGAAGGUGGGACUAUAUUUUCAGUUUCAUCAAGAGGAGAAGGGCGGAGGGUGGGAACGCUAUUUUGCCGGAUAGGAAGGAUGUGACGAUGGAAGUUGGGUUCAUGGAUGCGUAUGUAAGGUUAUUGAUUAAGACGUGCCAUAAGCGAAAAGUAGCAGCGAUGGGCGGGAUGUCAGCCCAGAUACCUAUCAAGAACGACUCAGCCGCUAACGAACUCGCCAUGUCUAAAGUCCGAGCGGAUAAACUUCGAGAAGUGAGAGCUGGACAUGAUGGAACGUGGAUUGCGCACCCCUUGAUUAGGGUGAUUGCACAAGAUGUGUUCGAUGCGCAUAUGCUAGGACCUAACCAGUAUCAUGUGUUGAGGAACGAGGUUGUGGUUAGGGAAGAAGAAUUGUUGAAUGGAGAUGUGAUAGGAGGAAGGAUCACGGAGGAGGGUGUAAAGGGCAACGUUUUUGCGGCUCUGGCGUAUUGCGCUGCUUGGGUGACAGGGAAUGGAUGUAUCCCUAUCAACGGUCUUAUGGAGGAUGCGGCGACCGCCGAAAUUGCCCGCGUUCAACUCUGGCAAUGGGUUUAUCACGGUGCUCUCCUCGACACCGGCGAACCCGUUACGAAAGCGCUCGUGGAAAAGCACAUCGCUGAGUAUAUCCCCUCCGUGCUGAAGAUUGGAGGUGUGAAGCAGUACCAUGUGGAUAUCGCUGCGAGGUAUUUGUCGGGUGAGGUCGAGAAGGGGGAGAGGAAGGAGUACCCAAGUGAAUUCCUGACGAGCGAUUUGAUGAAGUAUUUGGAUGCGGAGUUUACGGGAGCGAAGUUGUGA